AAGCCCAGAGAAACCCCAAAUCCUCCGAUCCACCACAAUGGCGCCGCCGGCGCCGCCCAACAGCCCCGAUGGCGACGCCCCGCCGGCGAUGGAGUCCCAGGCGGGCCUCCCGGAACAUGUCGUCGAGGACAUCCUCCUCCGCCUGCCCACGGCCGAGGACCUCGCCCGCGCAUCCAUGGCCAACGCCUCCUUCCGCCGCAUCAUCGCCGCGCGCUCCUUCCUCCGCCGCUUCCGCGCCCUCCACCGGCCGCCUCUCCUGGGCGUGCUCGCAUACGACUCGUCCCAAAGGGCUAACCUCUCGGUCGCCUUCCUCCCGGCCCAGCCGCCCCACCCCGCGGCGGCGGCGGCCGCCCACACCCUCGCCAGGGCAGACUUCUCCUGCUCCUUCCUACCCUCCCCGGAGCUGUGGAUCAACUGUGACUUCCGCGACGGCCGCGCCCUCCUCUCCAAGCAUGGGGAUUUCCUGUCCAACCUCGCGGUAUGCGACCCGCUGCACCGGCGCUACCUC